AGCAGGUCAGCGCUGAAUAUAGUCGCCCAAGGCUUGCAUACUUACCAAAUGGACUCGAACUAUAUAAUACCCCGCCGUAGCUGAUACUAGUUGUACCUUAUCCGAGCUAUCUGUCGAUCUCUCGAGUCUAUCCAAGCGUACAGCUACUAUCUCGAUGAUCUUUUGGCUUAGUUCGAUGAUCCCAUGUUCUGGCCCCAUUGAUCAACAUGUUGCUGAAAGACAGAAAUACAACAGGGGAGUACCUGUGCAACUUUGGACAGUUUUUAAUGCUGCUUCCAACACUCUCUGGCUUCCUACACCCUUUCAUAAGAAUGUACCCUCCAGAAAUAGCAACACUUCAUGUAUCAAUUUACCUGAGCCGUGACUUGGCGCAGCACAAUCAAGCAUGAAUAACGCAAAGGCGCUCACUUUACAAUGGGUAAUGCUUCCAAUAAUAGAUAUCAUCUGGGCAGAUAUAUUCCACAACCUUGCUCCAAUGGCGGCGAGUUGGC